AUGACUACAGUGACUACACACGCCCAAGUGGCUGAAAUUCUGCCUUUCAAAAAUGGCGAGAUCACGAUAGAGAAUAUCAUCCCAAGCCCGGCAGAACCAGAUCUACCACUGCCGCCACCAUCAACGAAGCCCGUCGAGAUUCUAGAGGUCGACAAGAUCACCCCGGAUAGCCAUGUUCCUCGGGAUCCACGGUUAAUUCGGCUGACGGGAGUGCAUCCAUUCAAUGUAGAGCCUCCUCUAACAGCAUUGUAUAACGAAGGUUUCCUAACCUCCCCCGAAUUGUUCUAUGUUCGAAACCAUGGACCGGUGCCACAGGUUUUUGAUGAAGAUAUCCCCAACUGGGAGAUCAGUAUAGAAGGACUGGUUGAAAAACCACUCGUCCUCAACUUCCGAGAGAUCCUUCAGAAAUACGACCAGAUCACCGCCCCAAUCACACUCGUCUGUGCUGGCAACAGACGCAAGGAACAGAACACCGUUCGGAAAUCAAAAGGCUUCUCAUGGGGUCCCGCAGGAUUGUCGACUGCUCUCUUCACCGGGCCCAUGAUGGCAGAUAUCUUGCGCAGCGCGAAACCACUUCGACGAGCAAAAUACGUUUGUAUGGAGGGUGCCGAUAAGCUGCCAAACGGGUUCUAUGGAACCUCAGUCAAAUUGAACUGGGCCAUGGAUCCACAUCGAGGAAUCAUGCUGGCUCAUAAGAUGAACGGCGAAGAUCUUCGUCCUGACCACGGUCGUCCACUACGAGCAGUGGUUCCCGGUCAAAUUGGAGGCCGGAGUGUGAAAUGGUUGAAGAAGUUGAUAUUGACCGAAGCACCAAGUGACAACUGGUACCACAUCAACGAUAACCGGGUUUUGCCAACGAUGGUGACACCCGAAAUGUCGGCACAGGAUCGCAAAUGGUGGACUGAUGAGCGAUAUGCGAUUUAUGAGCUCAAUGUCAACUCGGCCGUAGCGCAUCCCCAGCAUGAGGAGGUGCUUGACCUGGCGACUGCUGGGUCAAGCUACACUGUGAAAGGAUAUGCCUAUGCCGGUGGUGGGCGGCGAAUAACCAAAGUUGAAAUCUCUUUGGAUAGUGGAAAAUCCUGGCGUCUUUCCGAUAUCGAAUAUGCCGAAGACAAAUAUCGCGACUUUGAAGGCGACCUCUUUGGGGGUAAAGUGGAUAUGUGGUGGAGAGAAUCAUGUUUCUGCUGGUCGUUCUGGUCCCUUGAUAUUCCUCUAUCCGACUUAGAGACCAGCGACGCAAUUCUUGUCAGAGCGGUUGAUGAUGCAUUGAGCGCUCAGCCGAGAGACAUGUACUGGUCCGUCCUGGGGAUGAUGAACAACCCUUGGUUCCGAGUCACCAUUACGAAAGAAGGGAAUACACUCAAGUUCGAGCAUCCCACUCAUCCAUCAAAGGCCGGUGGUUGGAUGGAAAGGGUGAAGAAAAAUGGCGGAGACUUGCUCAAUGGUACUUGGGGUGAGAGGAUGGAAGGCGAGGAGCCUGUUGCUCCUGAGCCCGUGAGCGAGAUCAACAUGAAGAAAGAGGGUGUCAAUCGCCAAAUUGAUCUUCAAGAGUUGAAAGCCAACAGUAGCAGUGACAAACCUUGGUUUGUUGUCAACGGCGAGGUUUAUGACGGUACAGGCUUCCUUGAGGGUCAUCCUGGUGGUGCAAUCAGUAUCACAUCUUCCGCCGGGUUGGAUGUGUCGGAAGACUUCCUUGCAAUUCGUGAGUACAAUAUCAUUGCAAUCUCACGGCCGUUGGCUAACAACCUCUCAGACAGCGAGACUGCUAAAAAGAUGAUGCCUGAUUAUCACAUUGGUACAUUGGAUCAAGCAUCCCUCAAAGCGUUGAACGACAAGUCAUCCUCUACUUCAAAUGAGCCACGUGAAGUCUUCCUUCAAUCGCGAGAAUGGACAAAGGCAACGCUCACGGAGAAGAGAAACGUCUCAUGGGAUACAAGGAUAUUUGUCUUUGAUCUGGAGCAUGAAAAACAGACCCUCGGUUUGCCGAUUGGCCAACAUCUGAUGAUCAAGGUCCAAGACCCAAACAACAGCGAAGCAGUAAUCAGAUCAUAUACACCAAUGUCAGACACGAACCUGAUAGGAAAGAUGGAGCUGCUCGUGAAGAUCUACUUCCCAAGCGAUUCAAUCCCAGGAGGUAAAAUGACUCUGGCACUCGACAAACUCCCAUUGGGCUCUGUGAUCGAUUGCAAAGGCCCAACUGGAAGGUUCGAAUAUCUUGGCAACGGUCGAGUCUCGAUCAGUGGAAAGGUGCGCCAGCUCCGCUCGUUCAAGAUGAUAUGUGGUGGAACGGGCAUCACUCCUGUGUUCCAGGUUCUGAGAGCAGUCAUGCAAGACACUCAAGAUCCUACCAGAUGCACUGUGCUCAAUGGCAACAGACAGGAGGAAGAUAUAUUGUGUCGCUCUGAUCUUGAUGCGUAUGUGGCACUGGAUGGGAGAAAAUGCAAUGUCGUGCAUACUUUGACGAAGGGAUCAGAUACUUGGUCUGGUCGGAGGGGUCGAAUCUCUGAAGAACUUCUUGCAGAAUAUGCGGCCCCGGAAGAGCAGAGCAUGGUUUUGGUUUGUGGGCCUGGUCCUAUGGAGAAGUCUGCUCGCGCGAUCUUGCUCUCUCAGGGUUGGAACGAGUCGGAUCUUCACUUCUUCUAG